AUGUCCUGUACACAGACGGGUCAUCAUUUCCAGGGCAUGGGAGCGGCCAUUGUCUACUUUAACUUUUACUUCGACAAAGUUCCUUACAACUUUGAUGCCUUUUCAAGAGCCAAAAACCUGACAACGCGUGGCAAAGUAACUGCACUUAAACCUUUGAAGAACAAGCUUGGAAUACAACGAAAACCAAGGAGACAACAAACAAAACAAAAGACAACGGGAACCAAGGACACAACAAACAAAACGAAAGACAACGGGAACCAAGGAGACACCAAGACAAAACGAAAAACAACGGGAACCAAUGAGACGCCAAGAAAAAAGGAUAGACAACGGGAACCAAGGAGACAACAAACAAAACGAAAUACAACGGGAACCAAGGAAACAACAAACAAAACAAAAGACAACGGGAACCAAGGAGACAACAAACAAAACGAAACACAACGGGAACCAAGGGGACACCAAGACAAAAGGAAAGACAACGGGAACCAAGGAGACAACAAACAAAACGAAAGACAACGGGAACCAAGGAGACAACAAACAAAACGAAAAACAACGGGAACCAAAAAGAAAACAAACAAAACGAAAGACAAUGGGAACCAAGGAGACACCAAGACAAAAGAAAAGACAACGGGAACCAAGAAGACACCAAGACAAAAGGAAAGACAACGGGAACCAAUGAGACAACAAACAAAACGAAAGACAACGGGAACCAAGGAGACAACAAACAAAACGAAAGACAACGGGAACCAAGGAGACACCAAGACAAAACAAAAACAACGGGAACCAAGGAGACACCAAGACAAACGGAAAGACAACGAGAACCUAGGAGACACCAAGACAAAAGGAAAGACAACCGAAACGAAGGAGACAACAAACAAAACAAAAGACAACGGGAACGAAGGAGACACCAUGACAAAAGGAAAGACAAAAGGAACCAAGGAGACACCAAGAUAA